AUGGCCACAGAGAGGUAUCGAAGGAAUUCUAUUGCUAGCCUAAAAUUGUCUGAUGGUACAGUGGUGACAGAUCAUUCACAAAUGGAGGGUAUUAUCUGGAAUUGUUUUAAGAACAGAAUGGGUUCUUCCAGGGGAAUUAAUAUGGGUUUUGAUCUUUCUUCCCUCAUUGAACCAGUUGUGGGAUUGGAUACUCUCACUAAGCCUUUUGAGAAGGAGGAAAUGGACAUGAUUGUCAAGCAUAUGCCAGUUGAUAAAGCUCCAGGUCCAGAUGGUUUUAAUGGUCUUUUCUUCAAAAGGUGCUGGCACAUUAUUUCACAUGAUUUUUAUGAACUGGCCCAGGCUUUCUUUGAGGGUACUGCUAAUCUGGAAAAUAUCAAUGACUCCUACAUAACUCGGGUGCCUAAGAAGCCCUCCCCUGAGGAGGUGGGUGACUUCAGACCUAUCUCCUUAACUGGAAUGGGUCUUAAGUUCUUGUCUAAGAUGGUUGCCAAUAGGUUUCAGGAGGCUUUUGACUCCCUUGAGCAUGAGGCCAUUGUGCAAAUUUUGAAAUAUAAGGGCUUUAAUGACAAGUGGAUCCUCUGGAUGAAGCAACUUCUAUCCACAGCUGCUGAUCUCCUGCAGACUGUAAUUAAUGACAUGUUCAGAAGGGGCAUUCUUCAGUUACCAAUUCCUUGUCAUGAUCAGGAUUACCCUGUGAUUCAUUAUGCUGAUGACACUCUUAUCAUCUUGCCUGUGGACAAGGACCAUCUCAUAGCUCUCAAGGAAAUGCUCAGGGUCUUUUCUGUGUCCACUGGUCUGGAUGUGAACCAUCAUAAAUCCUUCAUUAUUCCCAUCAAUGUGGACACUGUUGCCUUGACUGAAUUAGCUUCUGCUUUUGGCUGCCAGAUUGGGAAAAUGCCUUUUACUAAUCUUCGGUUGCCAGUGGUUUGGCUGUCCCAGCUGGAAUCCUUAAGCAAUUGGAGAGAAUCCAGAGACAAUGCCUCUGGAGGAGGAAUAGAGACUAGGGAAACCAGGGAUCAUCUGUUUUUCAAUUGCAACUUUAGUGUCAGAGUUUGGAACUAUCUGCAAAUUGAUUGGGCUUCUGGUGACUCCAUGGCUCAUCUGGCUCUGAAUGCUAGCAGGAGUUUUAGGAAGCCCUUCUUCACUGAAGUGGUGUUCAUUGCUUGA